UAAAACAUAUUGUAGAGGGGCCAGUCUAAUUUUCACCGCGUCAAAAAGGCACUGGGCAGUCCGUGCAGACGACAUUUGAAGGUAAAAGAUAUCCUUGCUUGAUUGCCAUGGAUCCCGUUCAGCCUAACCCCGACCCCACAGGCCAAAGUCAGAACAAGACGGAGGAUCCAUUCCGGUUUAGAGUGCUGUUGGAACCCAAAGGAUUCCUCAGGAUUAUUGAAUUUGUGUUAGCUGUGCUUACAUUUGCUACCACAGCAGGUUACCAGAGCAGCGUUAUAUACAAAAUCACCUGCUCGGGCAAUUACGUCUUUGAUUUGAAAUACAACUUUAGUUACCCAUUCAAUUUGCUCAAGUUUGGAGACGCGUGCGCGCCGGUCAAUUCAACGGUCGAUGCCUACCCGGGUGGGAAAGCAUCGUUCUUCGUAGCCAUUGGUGUCCUGGCCAUGCUGUACUGCAUCGUGACCCUGAUCUGGUACGUCUUCUUGGAGGUUAAGUUCAUCAAGUUGGACCUCGUCCCCGCCGCGGACUUGGUCCUGACUGCAGCCUUUGCGUUGUUUUUCUUCCUGGCAUCUUGUGCCUGGGCCUCUGGCGUCGAUACCGUCAAGUACUGGACGACCUACGAGAACUUCAUUGAAAAGUUCUACAAAAGUAUCUGCAACAAUCCUAUGAACAAAUGCGUUGGAGUGACUCCCGCCAACUAUGCUUCCUUAAACGCCUCCAUUAUCUUUGGCUUCUUGAACUUCUUGGUCUGGUUGGGCAACUGCUGGUUUGUCUUAAAGGAGACGGUCUGGUUCAAGAACAGGCAGGAGCAACAACAGCAGGAAAGUCCCGAGAAGGUUCCUGCCAACGAUGUCUAGAUCUCUGAGGACUGCCCCCUUGCAGUUGCAGUUUUGUAGUCAAGUCCAUCACGUGUCCAUCACAAGUCCAUCAAAACUCCAUUACAAGUCCUUCACAAAUCUUCACAGG